AAAACAUAGACCCGCUUAUGUCUGGAAUAUACCAUUCCCAUUAUAUCUAUGUAAUUUUGGAGUAAGUAACAUAUAUAUGGGGGUGUUUCUCUGAAAGUGAAUAGUGAUACUGUAAAAACUUAAUAAAAAUUUGUCACAAAUUAUGUUACUAAUACACACGUUAAUGAUGCAAAACUCCCUGUAAUACGUAUUCUUGUUAAUCGUUUAUUCGGUGAGCGGUCUCCCCCCGCAUUCAAAUAAUGGAUUAGUCAGUAAUGGAUGCUCCUUCAACGGAGAUUUAAAUUCCUGUUACUGAGAAGAUGAGUGAGCUGAAGGACUGUCCCCCUCUGAAGUACUACGACUUCAAACCUGUGGACCAUGUGAAAGUGUGUCCACGAUACACUGCUGUGCUCAGCCGCUCAGAGGAUGAUGGCAUUGGCAUUGAAGAGCUGGACACCCUUCAGCUGGAGCUGGAGACACUCCUUUCUUCUGCGAGCCGGCGUCUCAGAGCACUGGAAGAACAGAGACAGAUUCUUACAGACUGGCAGGACAAAAAAGGGGACAAACGGUUCCUGAAAUUGGGGAAAGAUGCAGAUCUUUCAGCUUCUCGCCAUUCAAAGCCCAAGAAACCGAAGCUUGAUGGAAAAGGUAGUCAUGCUCCCGGGCCUGGACCAGGCAGACCGAAGUCUAAGAACAUACAGACCAAAAUCCAGGAUUUUGAGUUUGAAGUGGACCCGCAAGAUAUACCCCGCAAUCCCAAAAAUGAUGCUCCCAACAGAUUCUGGGCCUCGGUGGAGCCUUACUGUGCGGACAUCACAAAUGAAGAGGUCAGAGUGCUUGAAGAACUGCUCAAACCACCUGAAGAUGAAUCUGAGUACUACAAGAUCCCAGCCCUGGGGAAGCAUUAUUCUCAGCGUUGGGCUCAAGAGGACCUGUUAGAGGAGCAAAGAGAGGGAUCAAGGGCCAAUGACAAGAAGAAAAGCAUGAUGGGUCCUCUUUCUGAACUGGAUGCCAAAGAUGUAGAUGCCCUUCUUAAGAAGUCUGAGUCACAGCAUGAGCCCCCGGAGGACAGCUGUCCUUUUGGCCCUCUUACUCAGCGGCUUCUACAAGCACUUGUUGAGGAAAAUAUUAUAUCCCCCAUGGAGGAUUCCCCCAUUCCAGACAUUCCAGGAAAGGACGAUGGAGCUGGUACAUCUCCUCGCAGCCAGGGCAAAGCCUUCAGUGUACCUCACACACGCUCUCUAGAGGCUCGUAUAAGAGAGGAGCUUGUGUCUCAGGGGUUGCUGGACUCUGAUGAGAGGCAAGGUGUCGGGGGUGAGUCUGAAGACGAGGUGCUGGCUGAGCUUCAGAAGAGACAAGCUGAACUCAAAGCACUGACCACCCACAAUCGCGCACGCAAGCAAGAGCUUCUCAAGUUGGCACGGGAAGAGAUGCAAAAACAGGAGCUUUGUCACCGAGUUCGAGUGGCUGAUAACGAGGUCAUGGAGGCCUUCCGUCGCAUUAUGGCAGCCAGGCAAAAGAAACGCACUCCAACAAAAAAAGAGAAAGAUCAGGCUUGGAAAGCACUGAAAGAGAGAGAAAGUAUUCUCAAACUUUUAGAUGGAUAAAUAUGAUCAGCAGCUAUCUUGUGUUGUAUGUUAAUUUGUAUGAUUUGGCUAGGGACCAUUCAUACAGACAACAUCAAACGAACAGUCUGGCACCUAGGUUAAAAUAAGAAGUGGUCCGAGACUUUUAUUACAGUAGGCAACUUGAAGAACAUGCCAGAGAAUAUUUAAUGUGAUAAUAUUGUACUUAUGUUCAUAUACUUUGACUGCUUUCUAUCCACAAUUAGACUUGUUCAUGACUAGUUAUGAAUCAAGGUGUUUGACACUAAGGACUAUAAGUGCCACAGACUAUACAAUAUGCCAGAACUAUGGCACCUCCCGUUUACCAUAUGUUUUAUUUUAUUAUUUAUUUUUUAUUUAAUUUUUUGUCUUUUAAAUGCAAGUGAUUACCAAAAUAGAUUGAUAAUGUAAAAACUAUUGUCAUAGUGUUAAUAGUAUUUUGGUUUCUACAUUUUUAUAGGGCAAGGAGUUGUAAAAAGGUAUUUUAAGAAAUGUGUCUUUUGUUUGUAAUUAGAAAUUAAGUGUAUGUUGUUGUUUUGUCCAUUGUGAGUUAAGUUGUCUGCAUCUGACAGUUUUUAUAGUGUUCUAAGCUGUUGCAUGUAUGUGUAAAAAUAAAAAUAUAAGUUUGUAUGUCCUAUUCGCCAACAGUCAGAAGC